ACGGUAUCACACCAUAGACUUAGAUACACCAGCUCAGCAGACGGUAUCACACCAUAGACUAGAUACACCAGCUCAGAAGACGGUAUCACACCAUAGACUAGAUACACCAGCUCAGCAGAGGGUAUCAAACAUGACAGGCUUCAAUGCACCAGCACACUGUUUCACAACAUAGGCUUAGAUACAGCAGCUCAUGAUACAGUAUCACCCCAUAAGUUCAGCAGCCAGUACCACACAUGAAAAGCUUAGCUACAGCAGCUCCUGAUAAGAGGUUCGCGGCCGCGUUCUUAUGUCCCUCCCGGCUCCCCGUACUCCAGGCUCUCCUUUAUUCCCUAUGGAUGUGCAGUGCGGCCAGUGACCGGAAGAGGGCUCCUCCAGGCCGCCGUGACGUCGCUCGGACAUUCCUUCCCUUUCCGGUGGGCUGGGUCAGCGCUCCCGGUCUGCUCGGUGAUCCCGAAUCCCAGGGACAGGGAGGGGAAGGCGGCGGGCCAUGGUCCCGGGGAGCGAUCGGUGCACAGAGCGGGCGGGGAGCCGGGGCAUGGACUGAUCCGGAGGGGAGAGCCGCGCCCUCCGCCGUGCGGGGAUUACAGGCCGGAUUACUCGUCUUCUCCUCGGACAUUUUCUUGUGGUUGUCGCUCGGAUUUGUCGCACAAUAUGUCGGCCCGGGUGCGGCUGAAGAAGCUGGAGCAGCUGCUGCUGGACGGGCCGCAGAGGAGUGAGGGGGCGCUCAGUGUGGAGACCCUGCUGGACGCGCUGCGCUGCCUGGUCACCGAGUGCGACUCCUCCGCGCUGCGCCGCGACAAGUACGUCAGCGAGUUCCUGGAGUGGGCAAAACCCUUCACACAGCUCCUGAAGGGAAUGCAGCUGAGACGGGAGGACUUCGAGAUUAUAAAGGUCAUCGGCCGGGGAGCGUUUGGAGAGGUCGCUGUGGUGCGAAUGAAGAGCACUGAGCGCAUAUACGCCAUGAAAAUCCUCAACAAAUGGGAGAUGCUCAAAAGAGCAGAAACGGCCUGCUUCCGGGAGGAGAGGAACGUGCUGGUGUUUGGGGAUUGUCAGUGGAUCACGACGUUACACUAUGCCUUCCAGGAUGAAAACUAUUUGUAUUUAGUUAUGGAUUAUUAUGUAGGAGGGGACCUUCUAACACUCCUCAGUAAAUUUGAAGACCGUCUCCCUGAAGACAUGGCCAAGUUUUAUCUGGCAGAGAUGGUGCUCGCCAUUCACUCCAUUCAUCAGCUGCAUUAUGUGCACAGGGACAUCAAACCAGAUAAUAUCCUUCUGGACAUGAACGGCCAUAUUCGCCUGGCAGACUUUGGGUCGUGUUUAAAGAUGAAUGAUGACGGCACAGUGCAGUCAUCUGUGGCAGUGGGGACCCCGGAUUACAUCUCUCCAGAAAUCUUGCAAGCAAUGGAGGACGGGAUGGGGAAAUACGGGCCUGAGUGCGACUGGUGGUCUCUGGGCGUCUGUAUGUACGAAAUGUUAUACGGAGAAACCCCCUUCUAUGCGGAGUCUCUGGUGGAGACGUACGGAAAGAUUAUGAAUCACGAGGAGAGAUUCCAGUUCCCCUCUCACAUCGCCGAUGUGUCAGAAAUCGCCAAGGAUCUGAUCCAGAGGUUGAUCUGCAGCCGAGAGCGAAGACUUGGACAGAAUGGGAUCGACGACUUUAAGACUCACCCGUUUUUCGAAGGGAUUGACUGGGAGAAUAUUCGGAACAUGGAGGCUCCUUACAUCCCCGAUGUCAGCAGUCCUUCUGACACCUCCAAUUUUGAUGUGGAUGAUGACAUCCUCCGAAAUCCUGAAAUGGUCCCCCCAAGUACACACAGUGGAUUUUCAGGGUUCCACCUUCCAUUUGUUGGAUUUACAUACACGACUGACAGCUGUUUUUCUGACCGAGGCUCCAUAAAGGAUAUCAUCCACACAAACGCAGUGCCCAAAGACGAGGACGUGCAGCGCGGACUGGAGAACAGCCUGCAGAUCGACGCCUACGAGCGCAGGAUAAGAAGGCUGGAGCAGGAGAAGCUGGAGCUGAAUAGGAAGCUGCAGGAAUCCACACAGACAGUCCAGUCCCUCCAGGGCUCCAGCCGACCCAUGGGAACCUUAAACCGUGACAAAGAAAUCCGGAAGCUGAACGAGGAGAUUGAGCGCCUGAAGAACAAAAUAUCAGAUUCCAAUCGGAUAGAGCGCCAGCUCGAAGAUGCCGUUGCUUUAAGGCAGCAAGUCGAGGAUUCUGCAAACAAAAUUAAAAAUCUGGAGAGGCAGCAGCGAACCUUAAAACAGGAGAGGGACGAUCUGCAGAAGCAACACUCUGAAACCCAGGAGAGGCUGAAGGCUCAAACUAAGGAGCUGAAGGACGCGCACCAGCAGAGGAAGUUCGCCCUGCACGAGUUCUCCGAGCUCAAUGACGAAAUGGCCAAUCUCCGCUCCCAGAAACAGAAGCUCACCCGACAGCUUCGGGACAAGGAGGAAGAACUGGAGGUCGUCACGCAAAAACUGGACUCCAUGCGCCAGGAACUGCGCAAGUCCGAGAAGGCCAGGAAAGAGCUGGAAGUCCAGCUCGAAGACGCCAGCGCUGAGGCCUCAAAGGAGCGAAAAUUGAGGGAACACAGCGACAGCUUUUCCAAACAGCUGGAAAGUGAAUUGGGGGCUCUUAAGUUGAAGCAGGGUGGUCGCACACCGGGGAUCACAUUAGAGCACCAGCAGGAGCUGUCCAAAGUCAAAUCCGAGCUGGAGAAGAAGAUCUUGUACUACGAGGAAGAGUUGCUGCGACGAGAGACCUCGCACUCCUUAGAGAUAAAGAACAUAAAGAAGGGGAUCCAUGACUCUGAGAGCCAGCAGCUCGCCCUGCAGAAGGAGAUCCUCAUGUUGAAGGAUAAGCUGGAGAAAGCGAAGCGGGAGAGGCAAACAGAGAUGGAAGAAGCUGUAGGAACCUUGAAGGAGAAAUAUGAAAGAGAACGAAGCAUUCUGUUUGAAGAUAAUAAGAAGCUUACUUCAGAGAAUGAGAGGCUUUGCUCCUUUGUGGAUAAACUGACUACACAGAAUAGACAAAUGGAGGACGAGCUGCAAGACCUGACGACAAAGAAGGAGUCCGUCGCUCACUGGGAGGCUCAGAUUGCAGAGAUCAUCCAGUGGGUAAGCGAUGAGAAGGAUGCCCGAGGUUACCUGCAGGCCUUGGCAUCUAAGAUGACAGAAGAACUGGAGACACUGAGAAGCUCCAGCCUUGGCUCUAGAACACUGGAUCCGCUCUGGAAGGUCCGGAGAAGCCAGAAGCUGGACAUGUCGGCGCGGCUGGAGCUGCAGUCUGCCCUGGACGCGGAACUACGCGCCAAACAGAUGGUGCAGGAGGAGCUAAGGAAGGCGAAAGAUGCAAACAUCUCAUUUGAGAACAAACUAAAAGAGGCAGAUGCUAAGAACAUGGAGCUCCUGGAAGAAAUGCAGAGUUUGAAGAAGAAGCUGGAGGAGAAGAUGAGAGAUGACGGCGGUCUUAAGCUCCCAGACUUCCAGGAGUCCAUCUUUGAGUACUUCAACACCUCCCCCCUGCCGCAUGACCUGAGGUCCAGUCUGAUCAGCGACCACGAGAUCUCUACACCCAAACCCGACCUCUCUCCAUCACUUUUAGCGCCUUCCAGUCAGGAGCAGCAGCCAGAGGAGGUUAUAAGAACUCAACCUCGGACACCCCCCGCCCCAUCCCCCAUAUUUACGCCUAUGUCCAGCUCUGCUCCAAAGCCCAAGGCUCAUCAGCUGACAAUAAAGUCUUUCACAAGCCCCACACAGUGUUCCCACUGCACGUCCCUCAUGGUCGGAUUAGUACGGCAAGGCUUCUCCUGCGAAGUGUGUCCCUUUGCUUGUCACGUGUCCUGUAAGGACCUCUCCCCACAAGUGUGCCCCAUUCCGGCAGAACAGUCUAAAAGGCCUCUGGGGGUGGAUGUGCAGCGCGGUAUCGGGACCGCCUAUAAGGGUUAUGUCAGGAUACCAAAGCCGACAGGUGUGAAGAAAGGCUGGCAGAGGGCGUAUGCCGUGGUGUGCGACUGUAAACUCUUCCUGUAUGAUGUAGCGGAAGGGAAGUCUACGCAGCCCGGAGUGGUGGCGAGCCAAGUGGUGGACCUCAGAGAUGAAGACUUCUCCGUGAGUUCAGUCUUGGCGUCUGAUGUGAUCCACGCCACCCGCAAGGACAUUCCCUGCAUAUUUAGGGUCACAGCGUCCCUUCUGGGUGCCCCUUCGAAGACCACGGCUUCUCUGCUCAUCCUCACAGAAAGCGAGACUGAGAAGAGAAAGUGGGUGGGGAUCCUGGAAGGCCUGCAGUCCAUCCUACAGAAGAACAAGCUGAGGAACCAGGUGGUGCACUGCCCGCAGGAGGCGUACGACAGCACGCUGCCUCUCAUCAAGACCAUAGUGACCGCUGCUAUCAUAGAUCGAGACCGGAUAGCAGUCGGGACGGAAGAAGGACUGUAUGUCAUAGAGGUCACCAGAGAUGUGAUCGUCCGCGCCGCUGACUGCAAGAAGGUUUAUCAGAUUGAAUUGGCUCCGAAGGAGAAGGUGGUCGUGCUCGUCUGUGGCCGAAACCAUCACGUCCACUUGGUCCCCUGGUCCUGCCUGGACGGCUCGGAGGGCAGCCUGGACAUCAAGCUUCCAGAGAGCAAAGGCUGCCAGGUCAUCAUCAUCGGGAGCCUGAAGAAGUCUCCCGCCUCUUGUUUGUUUGUUGCCGUCAAACGUCAAAUCCUCUGCUACGAGAUCCAUAGAACUAAACCAUUUCACAAGAAGUUCAACGAGCUCUCGGCCCCGGGGAACGUGCAGUGCAUGGCCGUGUUUAAGGACAAGCUUUGCGUCGGCUAUCAGUCGGGGUUCUCCCUAUUGAACAUCCACGGAGAUGGACCGCUUAUAAACCUUGUCAGCCCCAUGGACCCCUCUCUGACAUUCCUGUCCCAGCAGCCCAUGGAUGCUUUGUGUGCCGUGGACCUUGGGAACGACGAAUACUUGCUGUGCUUCAGCCAGAUGGGAGUGUAUGUGGAUUCACAGGGACGGAGAACGCGACUGCAAGAGCUGAUGUGGCCGGCAACUCCCAUUACCUGCAGUUGUAGUCCAUCCUAUGUGACUGUCUACAGUGAAUACGGCAUUGAUGUGUUUGAUGUCCACUCCAUGGAUUGGGUGCAGACUAUCGGACUUAGGAGGAUCAAGCCAUUAAAUGUAGAAGGUACUCUGAACCUGUUGAACUCCGAGCCGCCUCGCCUUCUGUAUUUGAAGAGCACAUAUUCAGAAGGGGCCACCCUCACAGUCCCAGAGACCUCUGACAAUAGCAAGAAGCAGAUGGUCCGAACCAGAAGUAAGCGGAGAUUCGUUUUCAAGGUCCCGGAAGAGGAGAGACUGCAACAACGAAGAGAGAUGCUUAGGGAUCCCGAAUUAAGGUCCAAGAUGAUCUCAAACCCGACCAAUUUCAACCAUGUGGCGCAUAUGGGUCCAGGAGAUGGGAUGCAAGUGCUGAUGGAUCUCCCUCUGACCGUCAUGCCUUCAGCGCAAGAGGAAAACCCUCGCGAAAAAUCACGUCCUCCCUCCACCAACCUGCCUCGACAGCAGCAGCUAAGAAGCAGGUCCUACAUCUCCUGGCCGUCAUCAGGUACCGGUGAUUCAUCGCGGAGUAUAUCCGAUGCUGAUGCGGAUCUGGAAAGAGAGCCCGAUUCGGACUCCACCAAACAUUCCACGCCCUCGAACAGCUCCAACCCGAGCAGCCCGCCAAGCCCCAACUCCCCGCAUAGGAACCAACUAACGCUGGACGGCCUGGAUCAGUCAGCUUGUGACGCAUAGCGCUCCGUACCGGCGUUCCACUCGCUCCGGAGAUGAGGUCUUAGUGUGUCAGUCCCACGCAAUAGUGCCAAGAUGUGUUGCACACGGACCUCGUCAAACCCACAAUCCCAUCCCCCCCCCCAAUACCACCCCCACUGUAGAUACAACAUUAAGAAAAGAGGGGUUUAAUAUAUGUGAUCGAGCUUUUAUAUGCAAAAAUGAGUUUCACCGUUUCUAAUAUCCGUUCCGCUCUAUUCGUUUUACACUACGGAGACCUGAUAGGUUUUUUAUUUUGUAAAUUUUUUUUUCUUUUUCUUUUAUAAAUAUAAAUAUAUAUAUAAUCGUCACCCUUUUGUAUGAUGCUGCUAGUUUUUAUUUUUAUUUUUUUUGUUUUUUAUUUUUUUUGAGGAGGGGGGGAAUGACACGCAACAAAAAAGGAAAAUUACAGAAGCGUAAAUUGGUAUCGGCAACUGGUGGUCGGGAUUGGAAACGCGUGUGACGUAGGAAUUUUUUAUUUUUUUGUAUAGGAAUGUGUAGAUCGAUAUAGGGGCCGUCACCUAUAGCGGUGUUUUAUAGGACCGGGACUUGUCCCGUAGUGACAUUGCAAAUAGGAAAGAAAGAGACACUAACUCUGUGUUUUUGUCAGAGGCCAUGGAGCAUUGGUCGGCGACUAAGUGCUGCAACUACUACAACUCCCAGCAUGCCACCGAUGCCGUGUUGAGGCAUGAUGGGAAGUCGGUAGCAGGAAGCCGAUCACUGGCUGCAAAAUAUUAUGUUCUCUCCAAAUCAGUAUUUAAAGCCUAAUUCAUUUUAAUAAUAAAAAAUAAAAAAAAAAUUGCGCCAUAGUUAUGUAAGAAGAAAACAAGGAAAUGUUUUAAGUUUUUAAUUGUAAUAAUUUUAUUUUUUUAUUUUAUUGUUUUGCAUUUUUUAUGUUUUUUUUUUUUUUUUGUUACAUGUUGAGGUGUGCACCUUUACCUAUACAGAGCGGAGACGGAAAUUUUUCGAUAGUUAACGCCUCAGUGUUUUUUUUUGUGUAGGCGAUAGACGCACCGUAGAAAUCAACGUUGUCUUUGACGAAAUUAUAUUUACAGCAUCCCUUCCCCGGGGAGGUUCUGGGUGUCGACCAUAAAGGGGAAAGUGAGGGUUCACUUUAAAGGGGCUUUUCCGGGAGUAGAGAAACAGAACUAAUUUCUUUCAAAAACAGCUCCACGUCCAACUUGGCUCCAUUCAUUUCAAUGGAACUGAGCUGGAGAUCUGCAUAAUAUAUAUAGAUCUCCUCCAGCUCGGGGCCAUUGAAAUGAAUGGAGCCAAGUUGUAAUACUACACCUGACCUGGGGAUGGACGUGGCGCUGUUUAUACAUAUAAAUAUUCUCUAUCUCCUACACCCAAAGGUUUUUUGUCACCCAAAAAAUUCCUCACUUCUUGAUCCAAAAAAUCUUUAUUGGUAGAAAAUGGAUAAACAACAAAAUCACGUCCAACCUGGAGACAGACGGGGAGCAAUUUUUAUUUUAUUUUAUUUAUUUAUUUUUUAAUAAAGGAAAUUAGCUCUGUUUUUCUAUUCCUUGAUAACCCCUUUAACAUUCGCGUUGGGGAGGUUCGAAAAGGUCACUGCUGACGUUGUCUCGUAUCAUUGUACUGCAUCCAGAGCUGCAUUCAUGCUGCAGCUCUGGAUGUGACUGGAACAGAAAAACCAUGAUAUAAAGCAGUGGUCUCCAAACUGUGGACCUCCAGA